AUGCUCAUCAAAGUGGCCAAGUUUCUGACUUUUUUCGUGGCACUGGCAACGGCCACCGAAGCAGCAAAAUAUCUCGCCGAGAAACCCGACUUUCUUACCCCUUGUGUCCUGGAAGAUCCCAACUUUAAUCGUUGCCUGACUGCAAAUUUCCAGUCGUUUUUCCGUCAAUGGAAGGACGGCAUUCCCGGCUAUAAUGCGGUCGGCUCCUUCGAUCCUCUGUACAUCAAACGGGUGAAGUUCGCCCAGGAUGCCAGCAGGACAAUAGCCAUAAAUGCUGAUCUCAAGGAGGUCUAUGUGACAGGAGCUGGCCAGGCUGUGGUCAAGGAAGCCAGCUACGAUCCCAAGAGGUAUGUGGCCAAAGCCUUGAUACUUGUACCCAAGAUGCGCUUCAACUUUGAGUACAAGGUCAAGGGUCAUGUGGUGGCCCUGACUCUCAAUGGCCAAGGCACUGGUUACUUUGAAUCCGAAAACGCUCUGAUUUACCUGGAAAUGCAUGUCAAGCCGCGAAUCGCUCCUGAGGGCAUCUUCGCCGAUGUCCAGAGCGUCAAGGUCAACUUCCGGGAGAUCAAGCAGUUCCAUAUCGAGCUGAAGAAUCUCUUUGGAGGCAACAAGGAUCUGGAGGACACCUCCCACCAGCUCUUCAACGAAAACUGGCGCGAUUUCUACGAAGUUAUGCGUCCGGCCGUGGAGCAGACGGUGGGUGGAGUGCUCCUGGAUCGAUUCAAGAAGACCUUCAACUAUGUCCCAGCCACCUACUUGAUCAAAGACUUCCAAUAA